CAGAAGUAGAGUGGUGCUCCUAGAGGUGAUUGGUGAGCAAUAGAUGGCAUUCUUGGAAGGAAGACAGCUAAUUGAAGGGGUGGUACUCGCUAAUGAGAUUAUGGAUGAAGCUAGGAAGAAAAGAAAGGACAGUUUCAUGUUGAAGGUUGAUUUCGAGAAAGCAUAUGAUAAGGUAUGUUGGGAGUUUCUAGACUACAUGCUGUGGAGAGUCGAUGUUGGAACCAAAUGGAGAGGCUGGAUCAAUGAAUGUCUACGAACAAGCUCACUAUCAGUUCUAGUUAACGGAAGUCUUUCUAGACAAUUCGAAGUGUCUAAAGGAUUGAAAGAGGGUGACCCUUUGUCUCCAUUCCUGUUCCUUAUUGUUGUUGAAGGUCUUAAUGGAAUAAUUAAGUCAACAGUUGAAAAAGGGCUAUUUAAAGGAAUUGAGGUUGGACAAAAUGGCGUGAGAUUCUCUUAUAUACAAUUAGCAGACGAUAUUAUCAUGUUUGGGAAAGCUACUGAAAAAAACGUAUGGGUUGCUAAAUGUAUUAUGAGAUUAUUUGAGCUUGUGUCAAGCCUCAAAAUUAAUUUUAUCAAAAGCCAGUUGAUUGGAAUGCAUGUUGAGGAGGAAUGGUUAAAAAAAAUGGCUUGCUUGAUGCACUACAAGAUAGGUGAACUUCCAUUCAAAUAUCUUGGGGUGAUGAUUGGGGGAAAUCAGAGGAAAUGGAAAAUGUGGCAACCAUUGACUGAGGCUUUUCGAAAGAAAUUGACGACUUGGAAAGAAAGAUAGCUGUCUUUUGGUAGAAAAAUCACGCUAUUGCAGUUUCUGCUCUCAUCGCUCCCAAUUUUCCUUAUGUCCAUCUAUCUCGUCCCAAAAGGUAUUUUAAAAAUUCUUGACAAAAUUAAAAGAGAUUUUCUUUG